ACACAGUACCAGACACUUCAGCAGUCCCAACCCUAUGCUGUCUAUCCUCAGGCAACCCAAACCUAUGGACUACCUCCUUUUGGUGCAUUGUGGCCAGGUAUGAAACCUGAAAGUGGUUUAAUUCAGACUCCAGCUCCAAGUCAACACAGUGUUCUUACCUGCACUACAGGGCUAACCACAGGCCAGCCAAGCCCAGCACAUUACUCUUAUCCCAUUCAAGCUUCAAGUACCAAUGCCAGCCUGAUCUCCUCUUCAUCCACAAUUGCCAAUAUUCCAGCAUCAGCAGUUGCCAGCAUCUCAAACCAGGACUAUCCUACAUACACCAUCCUUGGCCAGAGUCAGUACCAGGCAUGCUACCCCAGCUCCAGCUUUGGGGUCACAGGCCAAAGCAACAGUGACACUGAGAGCUCCACGUUAGCAGCAUCCACGUACCAGACCGAGAAGCCCACUGUCAUGGUGCCUGCCCCAGCAGUACAGAGACUUUCCUCUGGAGACCCUUCUUCCAGCCCGUCUCUGUCCCGGGGUACGCCAAGUAAGGACCCCGAAGAGCAGUCUAGGAAAAAUACGCCUGCCAAGAACCGGGGCAAGAGGAGAGCUGAUGCCACACCUGCCCCGGACAGUGAGCUGGAACGGGUCUUUCUCUGGGACUUGGAUGAAACCAUCAUCAUCUUCCAUUCUCUUCUCACAGGAUCCUAUGCCCAGAAGUAUGGAAAGGACCCAACAGUUGUUAUUGGCUCAGGUUUAACUAUGGAAGAGAUGAUCUUUGAGGUGGCUGACACGCAUCUCUUUUUCAAUGACUUGGAGGAAUGUGACCAAGUGCAUGUGGAAGAUGUGGCUUCUGAUGACAAUGGGCAGGACUUAAGCAACUACAGCUUCUCAACGGAUGGUUUCAGCGGCUCAGGAGGCAAUGCGAGUCAUGGCUCCGCUGUGGGUGUGCAGGGGGGAGUGGACUGGAUGAGGAAGCUGGCUUUCCGCUAUCGCAAAGUGAGAGAGAUCUAUGACAAACACAAAAGCAAUGUGGGCGGCCUUCUCAGUCCCCAGAGAAAGGAAGCACUUCAGAGACUAAGAGCAGAAAUUGAAGUCUUAACUGAUUCCUGGCUGGGAACGGCACUGAAGUCUUUACUUCUCAUCCAGUCCAGAAAGAAUUGUGUGAAUGUCUUGAUAACCACCACACAGCUGGUGCCUGCUCUGGCCAAAGUCCUCCUGUAUGGCCUGGGAGAAGUGUUCCCCAUCGAGAACAUCUACAGUGCUACUAAGAUAGGUAAGGAGAGCUGCUUCGAGAGAAUCGUGUCUCGAUUUGGCAAGAAAGUGACAUAUGUAGUGAUCGGAGACGGACGGGAUGAGGAAAUUGCAGCCAAACAGCACAACAUGCCUUUCUGGAGGAUCACAAACCAUGGAGACCUUGUGUCACUCCACCAAGCUCUGGAACUGGAUUUCCUUUAAGGAUGGGAGCUGAGGUGCCAGCCCCAGGAGCCCUUCUCCCUCCCCACGGGGGCUCUUCUCUCUUUGGGACAAGAUGUGAGCCCAGCCGAGCCCAGCGCAGGAAGGGACAGUUUGUUUUCUCCACGAGGGAGAUCCAUCCCCGGGCACGGCCUGGUGCAGAAGCAGGCGACAGAUGGAGAGGACGGCAGUCUCACCUUAGCUACAUCCCCCAAGACUCUUCUCUCCUAGCUGUGUAGUGAAGCUGCAUCCCUUGGCCAGGUCACCAACCUCCUCAGGCUCUGCCCACACUUCCAGUGCAACCCUGUCCGUAUGACCGACGGUGAACCACCUCUUCUUCCAACAGCUGUGGGGACGUAGCCCAGGCUCCUUUCCAGGUGUAGAUGAUGCUGCUGGGCCCUGACUGUGUGCUGAGACCUUAAACCUGAGGCAAGGAAUUGGGCUUUCUCCAGUCAGCCCUGACUCCCACAGGCUAGCGCUGAGCUUGUGAAUCCCAGGCAUGGCUGGUAGAGUUGCAGCUAUUUGAGCCGUCGAUGUGACCUGAUUUUCCAUUGGCUCCCAGUUUGAAAUGGCAUCUUUGGGGCUCCCUCUGCCAAUCUGGAGACCCUGGGAAAUGCCCGCCAUAAGAGGAACAUCUCUCGUUGGCAGCAGCCUAAGUCUGCCGCCUGAACUUCCCUAGUCUCAGCUGCCUUGGUCUCUGGCUGGAGAGGAGACACAACUGGGGGAGUCAGGAGGCUCUGCCUGUCUUCAGGGGGGCUGUACUCUGCCAACCCAAAGAGAGGAACUGGGCCCUGCCUGAGGCCACCGAGCCCUGCGGAGGAGCAAGCAGCAGACACGAGACCGUCCCUCGGAUCCUGAUGGCCUGAGAAGCUGCUCCUUCCUCAUCCCUUAGAAUUGGCAGAAGCAUCUCCUUCAGAUGCACCUUCGUGACCUGCAGAGCAACAUCAGGAAGAUGAGUCUGCCUUCUCUCUGGUUCUAAGCUUCUCUUACACCUACCCAGAGGACGCUGUGCCAUAGGCUGGGCAAGAAUUGUAGAGGGAUCCACCCUCCAACUUCCCACAUACCAUAGAAAGUUCUCCACUCUUGUGACCUAAGGAGCCUAGAACCCUGGUUUUUUGGGGUUUCCCCGCCCCCCCCCCCAGUACAGGGGCCAGUAGCUGGGUACAGGUUGUUUGCAGAUGAACUCUGACUUUGUCAAGGGAGGAAGUUCUCUCAGGAGAAAUACCCUGGAGGGCAACCAGGCUACUCCAGUCCCCUUGGCCCCCUGCCACCAAAGGGGAGGCCAGGAGGAAUCUGCCUCCACUUUACCAGUUUGCAGUGUUCUGCCUACACAGCACAUACUUCCCUUAUCUCCAGGAAUCUUUGGAAUGGAGAUGACUAUGUUGGGCUGGGCCUAGUAGGGAUGGAGCUGAGGAAUGCUAUGAAUCCUUUAGUUUCCAAGAAAAUAGCCUAGUGGAACAUGCCUGAAACCCUUUGUAUUUGAGACAAUCCCCUAUGGAAUUAGCCAAGUAAUUGACACUUCCACCUGACAUUGGUUCCUGUAAGAUGGGUCCAAAAACUGCCCCUGGUGAUCCACAGCCACCAGGAGAACCCCAGGGUCAUAGGGCGGCUUACCUUUCGAAUGUAAAACUGACCGUGCCUUAGUGUCACCGUGUCCAGAGCACUGACAGGGAAGUCUGUGUGUCCGUGAAGUGACCCCCAAGCUAGCCCAGAAGCCCACCUAGGGCUUCUGCAAUAUGUGUGUUCUCAUUGGGUUUGGUUUUUUCCUUCAUUCUCUGCCGAGGGAUAGGUGUGGAGGCUGUUAGCAGAGAGCAACCAGGUACCAUUUACUCCAAGGUCAGGUUCAGUGAAAGCUCAGGUUGGUGGCAGAUUGCAUUUGAAUGGAAAUAGUGGUGGCUGCAGGGCUCUUCCCAGCCCCAUCUACCACCGCCAGAGUGACUGUGGGGCUGCUGCCAAUGCCUGGGGAGAGCUGCCAGGCAGACGCUAUGCACAUACGUGACUGUCCUCCUUGUGGGGGCCGUGAUGGGCAGAAGGCUGUAGCCAGCUCUGGGAGAGGCAGGCUCACCGUACAGAACUUCCACGCCCCUGAGACAGGUUUCAUUUCUCACCAUUCCUUGUUUCGUUAUUCAUUCAGAAGCUGAAGCAUUCAAACUGUGGAAACCAGAUUUGAAUCCUGGGAGGUCUCAAGCCACAGCAAAGAAAUUCAUGUCCUGACCCUGGGUGAGCUCAGUAGCAAUGGUUCAGUCCUCCCUUUGCUCCCUCUCAGAAAGAAGACUGGAAAAUAAAACUACUUGGCUAGUCCCUACUGCACUGACAGGAACCAUUCCCUUAAGGACUGAUUCUGCUUAAAACUGGAUUUUUCCCUCUGGACUUUCGAUGCCUCAAAGCAGGAAUAAAACGUGGGAUUUGGAAUAUUUAUGUGACCGAGGGCAUUCGUGGCUGUAGAUUCCUUGACCAUAAUGUUAUAUGUAAUGGGAACUAUCUUAUAAACUUGAAAAAAAUAAAGUUUUUAUUUUCUAUACAA